UCGUGGAGUGGAGCUUGUUCUUCGUUUGUGUUUUUAAUGAAAAUAUCAAAAAUGGAGAAGCCUGUUCGAAGACAGUUGCUGGACAUACUGGAUGAUUUAGGAAAAAAGGAGCUGGAACGUUUUCGCUGGCACCUGCGGAUUGGACCCGGAGGUGAUUUCAUGACCAUUAAAAAGAGCCACCUGGAGACAGCAGACACAAUGAGAAUAGUGGAUCUUAUGGUGGGAACAUAUACUACUGGCCGUGUGAUGGAGGUGGCGGAGUUGAUUUUAAAGAAGAUUAAAAAAGGUCAUUCAGAGAAAGAAGAAACAAACAAACAGUGCGGAAGUCCCUCAGUCCAGGAAGCUUCAUUGCUUUUAUCAGAAUCAGAAGGAAGGCCCUCAGUCCAUAAGGCUUCAUUACUUUCAUCAGAAUCAGAAGAAGUGGGACCGAUGGAGGUUUGCCCGGUGCUGCAGCGGUCAUGUCAGUCGGGGUUUCCUGAGGUGUGUCAGCAGGAACUAAAAUCUAAGCUAAAGAAGAAGUUCCAGUGUGUGUUUGAGGGGAUUGCUAAAGCAGGAAACCCAACCCUUCUGAAUCAGAUCUACACAGAGCUGUACAUUGCAGAGGGAGAGACUACAGAGGUCAAUGAUGAACAUGAGGUCAGACAGAUUGAAAAAGAAUCCAGGAAACCAGACAGACCAGAAACAACAAUCAGUCAAAAAGACAUUUUUAAAAUUCCACCUGGAAGAGAUGAACCAAUCAGAACACUGCUGACAAAGGGAGUGGCUGGCAUUGGAAAAACGGUCUUAACACAGAAAUACACCCUUGACUGGGCUGAAGACAAAGCCAACCAGGACAUCCAGUUCAUAUUUCCAUUCACUUUCAGAGAGCUGAAUCUUCCGAAAGAGCAAAAGUUCAGCUUGGUGGAACUUGUUCAUCACUUCUUUACUGAAACCAAAGAAGCGGGAAUCUGCAGCUUUGAAGACUUCCAGGUUGUGUUCAUCUUUGAUGGUCUGGAUGAGUAUCGAAUUCCUCUGGACUUCAAGAACACUAAGAUCCUGAUUGACCCUAGAGAGUCCACCUCAGUGGAUGUGCUGCUGACAAACCUCAUCAGGGGGAACCUGCUUCCCUCUGCGCACCUCUGGAUAACCACACGACCUGCAGCAGCCAAUCAGAUCCCUCCUUACUGUGUUGACAUGGUGACAGAGGUCAGAGGGUUCAGUGACCCACGGAAGGAGGAGUACUUCAAGAAGAGAUUCAGAGAUAAGAAGCAGAGCAGCAGGAUUAUCUCGCACAUCAAGACAUCGCGAAGCCUCCACAUCAUGUGCCGCAUCCCAGUCUUCUGCUGGAUCACUGCUACAGUUCUGGAGGAUAUGCUGAAAACCAGAGAGGGAGGACAGCUGCCCAAGAACCUAACUAAGAUGUACACCCACUUCCUGGUGGUUCAGGCCAAAGUGAAGAAGGUCAAAUAUGAUGGAGGAGCUGAGACAGAUCCACACUGGAGUCCAGAGAGCAGGAAGAUAAUUGAGUCUCUGGGAAAACUGGCUUUUGAUCAUCUGCAGAAAGGAAACCUGAUCUUCUAUGAAUCAGACCUGACAGAGUGUGGCAUCAAUAUCAGUGCAGCCUCAGUGUACUCAGGAGUGUUCACACAGAUCUUUAAAGAGGAGAGAGGACUGUAUCAGGACAAGGUUUUCUGCUUCAUCCAUCUGAGUGUUCAGGAGUUUCUGGCUGCUCUUCAUGUCCAUCUGACCUUCAUCAACUCUGGAGUUAAUCUGCUGGAAGAGAAACAAACAACCUCCCAGAAGUCUGAAACAAGAGAAUCUGCAGAGAUACUCUUCUACCAGAGUGCUGUGAACAAGGCCUUACAGAGUCCAAAUGGAAACCUGGACUUGUUCCUCCGCUUCCUCCUGGGUCUUUCACUUCAGACCAAUCAGACUCUCCUACGAGGCCUGCUGACACAGACAGGAAGUAGCCCACAGACCAAUCACGAAGCAGUCCAGUACAUCAAAAGGAGGCUCAGUGAGAGUCUGUCUGCAGAGAAAAGCAUUAAUCUGUUCCACUGUCUGAAUGAACUGAAUGAUCGUUCUCUAGUGGAGGAGAUUCAACAGUCCCUGAGAUCAGGAAGUCUCUCCACAGAUAAACUGUCUCCUGCCCAGUGGUCAGCUCUAGUCUUCAUCUUACUGUCAUCAGAUCUUUCCGUGUUUGACCUGAAGAAAUACUCUAGUUCAGAGGAAGCUCUUCUGAGGCUGCUGCCAGUGGUCAAAGCCUCCAACAAAGCUCUGCUGAGUUAUUGUACACUCUCAAAAAGAAGCUGUGAAGCUUUGUCCUCAAUUCUCAGCUCCCCAUCCAAUCAUCUGAGAGAGCUGGACCUGAGUUUAAAAAAGCUGCAGGAUUCUGGAUUGGAUUUUCUGCGUGUUGGACUCGAGAGUCCCCACUGUAAACUUGAAACUCUCAGAUUGAGGAGUUGUGGUUCAUCAGAGGUCAGCUCUCUGAUCCCAGCUCUGAAUACCAACUCUUCCCUUCUGAAACAUCUGAAGCAUCUGGACUUGAGUAGUGACAGUUUUUCCCCAACUAACAGCAAGCUGCAGGAUUCAGGAGUGAAGCAGCUGUGUGGUUUUCUGCAGAGUCCAGGAUGUGGACUUGAAACUCUGAGAUUGAAGGACUGUGAUUUGUCAGAGAUCAGUUCUCUGGGCUUGGCUUUAAAGUCCAAUCCCUCCCAUCUGAAAUACCUAGACCUGAGUAACAACAAGCUGCAGCAUUCAGGACUGAAGCAGCUAUGUCGUUUUCUGGAGACUACAGGAUGCGGACUUGAAACUCUGAGGUUGAUGAACUGUGGUUUGUCAGAAAUCUCCUCUCUGAUCUCAGCUCUGAAGUCCAACCCCUCCCGAUUGAAACAUCUGGACCUGACUUUCAACAACCUGCAUUAUUCAGAAUUGAAGGAGCUGCAUAGUUUUCAGGAGAGUCAGGCUGUAGACUGGAGUAUCUGAGAUUUAAGAUGAAGACGCCUGUUCAGGAGCAGCUAUUAGACCUGUUGGAUGAUUUGGGAGAGGAGGAGCUGAAACGUUUACACUGGUACCUGCUGAAUGUACCUGUAGAUGAUUUUCCAACCAUCAAAAAGAGUCAUCUGGAGAACGCAAGCAGAAUGAAAACAGUGGAUCUUAUGGUGGAGACAUAUACUUCUGGCCGUGUGAUGGAGGUGGCCAGAUUGAUUUUAGAAAUGACGAAGGAAGACGCAGGAAACCCAACCCUUCUAAAUCAGAUCUACACAGAGCUGUACAUCACAGAGGGCGGGACCACAGAGGUCAAUGAUGAACAUGAGGUCAGACAGAUUGAAAAAGCAUCCAGGAAACCAGACAGACCAGAAACAACAAUCAGAAAAGAAGACAUCUUUAAAGCCUUACCUGGAAGAGAUGAACCAAUCAGAACAGUGCUGACAAAAGGAGUGGCUGGCAUUGGAAAAACGGUCUUAACACAGAAAUACACCCUUGACUGGGCUGAAGACAAAGCCAGUCAGGACAUCCAGUUCAUUUUUCCAUUCACUUUCAGAGAGCUGAAUGUACUGAAAGAGCAAAAGUUCAGCUUGGUGGAACUUGUUCAUCACUUCUUUACAGGAACUGAUGAAGCAGGAAUCUGCUGCUUUGAAGACUUCCAGGUUGUGUUCAUCUUUGAUGGUCUGGAUGAGUAUCGAAUUCCUCUGGACUUCAAGAACACUAAGAUCCUGAUUGACCCUAGAGAGUCCACCUCAGUGGAUGUGCUGCUGACAAACCUCAUCAGGGGGAACCUGCUUCCCUCUGCUCGCCUCUGGAUAACCACACGACCUGCAGCAGCCAAUCAGAUCCCUCCUUACUGUGUUGACAUGGUGACAGAGGUCAGAGGGUUCAGUGACCCACAGAAGGAGGAGUACUUCAAGAAGAGAUUCAGAGAUAAGAAGCAGAUCAGAUCAGAUCAUCUUGCACAUCAAGACAUCGCGAAGCCUCCACAUCAUGUGCCGCAUCCCAGUCUUCUGCUGGAUCACUGCUACAGUUCUGGAGGAUGUGCUGAAAACCAGAGAGGGAGGAAAGCUGCCCAAGACCCUGACUGAAAUGUACAUCCACUUCCUGGUGGUUCAGACCAAAGUGAAGAAAGUCAAGUAUAAUGGAGGAGCUGAGACAGAUUCACACUGGAGUCCAGAGAGCAGGAAGAUGAUUGAGUCUCUGGGAAAACUGGCUUUUGAUCAUCUGCAGAAAAGAAACCUGAUCUUCUAUGAAUCAGACCUGACAGAGUGUGGCAUCAAUAUCAGAGCAGCCUCAGUGUACUCAGGAGUGUUCACACAGAUCUUUAAAGAGGAGAGAGGGCUGUACCAGGACAGGGUGUUCUGCUUUGUCCAUCUGAGUGUUCAGGAGUUUCUGGCUGCUCUUCAUGUCCAUCUGACAGUUAUUAACUCUGGAGUUAAUCUGCUGGAAGAGAAACAAACAAUCUCCCAGAAGUCUGAAACAAGAGAAUCUGCAGAGAUACUCUUCUACCAGAGUGCUGUGAACAAGGCCUUACAGAGUCCAAAUGGAAACCUGGACUUGUUCCUCCGCUUCCUCCUGGGUCUUUCACUUCAGACCAAUCAGACUCUCCUACAAGGCCUGCUGACACAGACAGGAAGUAGCCCACAGACCAAUGACGAAGCAGUCCAGUACAUCAAAAAGAAGCUCAGUGAGAGUCUGUUUGCAGAGAAAAGCAUCAAUCUGUUCCACUGUCUGAAUGAACUGAAUGAUUGUUUUCUAGUAGAGGGGAUCCAACAGUCUCUGAGUUCAGGACGUCUCUCCACAGAUACCGUAGUUUUCGGACCAUAAGGUGCACUGGAUUAUAAGGUGCAUUAAACAAUCUUAUCUUACAUUAAUAACUAACCUCAUAUUGUUGAAGGAUGAAAUCAGUUGUUCUCCUGACUGAAGUUUCCCAAAACAUUGGGAACUUUUAUCAAGUGGAAAAACGUUAGCGUUUAUCCUCCAGCUUUACUGUGUUAUGCUUUGUUAUGCUAACAUAGCUGUGUCUCUAGUGAUCACUAGCACAGCAUUAAAUACCAGCUAACCCAACUUCAGUAACCCUGGAAACGUCACUGUUGUGUAGGGUACAUACCUUUUACGUUGCCUGACGAACUCUGUAUUCCUCGUCCACACAUAAACGCAAAGGCGGAGUUUUAAAAAUCUCUGUUUUCGGUGAUUCAAAAUGCCGUUUACUUGUGGACGAAAGGCCCAAACGCAUAGAAACAGUUUUCAAAAAUACCCGUGUAGGUGUGGACGUAGCCGAAAAGAGUUAGUAGUGUAUUUUAUUACUACAUGUAAUUUAGUGCAGUUUACUUUUAUUUGUUUAAUUGUUUGCUAAAUGUUUGAGGUGUGAAAUAAACCGCAAUGGAGUUUGAAAACAAAAUACGGGUGUGUGUGGUUGUAGGAUGUGUUUGUGCGGAGGGGUUAGGUGGGUGCGAGGGAAAAAAACAAAACAAGAACUCUUGGAGAGGAAAAUAGUCACAGAUGUCAGCAAGGAACCCCGCACAUUUGCCAAGACGAUUGUUACUGACCUGGCCUCUUCUGGAGUUGAUGUUUCAAGUAACACAGUUGGGACGGCUCUUCAUCAUGGUGGACUUCAGGGGCAUCGUCCCAGAAGAACCCCUUUACUCAAAGAGCGGCACAUCACAGCCCGACUGAGUUUGUGUGUUGUUCUUGACCCCCCUCCUCCUUUCAGGGUGGACCCUGCUGGAGUCCGAUGGUUGAGACCAGGUCUGAGGAAGUAUUCCUGUCAACUCACAAUCAACACAAACACAGUGCACACGAACCUCCAACUGUCUGACAACAACAGGAAGGUGACAUGUGUGGAGGACGAUCAGUCAUAUCCUGAUCAUACAGACAGAUUUGAUUAUUGGCCUCAGCUGCUGUGUACAAAUGGUCUGACUGGUCGCUGUUACUGGGAGGUUGAAUGGAGAGGGGACAUUUAUAUAUCUGUGAGAUACAGAAGAAUCACAAGGAAAGGAGACAGUAAUGACUGCUGUUUUGGAGGGAAUGAUCAGUCCUGGAGUCUGUACUGCUCUGAUGAUGGUCCUUCUCGUGAACUGGCACUGUAAGAAAGUAUCAUCAAUCUCCUCCUCUGUCUCUAACAGAGUAGCAGUGUAUGUGGACUGUCCUGCUGGCACUCUGUCCUUCUACAGAGUCUCCUCUGACACUCUAAUCCACCUCCACACCAUCAACACCACAUUCACUGAACCUCUUUAUCCUGGAUUUAGAGUCCGUCCUGGUUCUUCAGUGUGUCUGUGCUGAGUUGAGUGUAAAGAGUGUCCUCCUGUUAGAGAAACUCUGUGACGGUUGAACAGGUAGUUCAAUCUGUACAUGUCUGUCUCUUUCACUCAGAAACAUGUGUCCAGAUUCAUGGAUUCAAUGAGUUGAUGUUUUAAACUCUUCUAAAUGAUUCCUUGGGAACUUCUUCCUCUUCAGUCCUUUAAGGAUGGAAGCUACAAUUAUUCCAGGAUCCUUGUUGCUUUUCUGUCCU